AAAAUACCAUACAAAUGGCCUAUAAAUCUCUUUCAUAAAACAGUCACUUCUGUCUCUCUCUCUCUCUCUCUCUCUCAGAGAAAGGGAAAACCGCGUUUGUUUGAAACGCAUCAAGAAGAAGAAGAAGAAGAAAGAAAGCUUACCAAGGCGUGUCGAGCUUUUCUUUGAUCUUUCUCUCGCCAUUAUUAUUUCAGAGGCAUAUUCCCAUUUGGCAUUGACCCGCCUUUGCCGUUCCAAUCUCCAGAACCGUCUCUUUCUUUUCUCUUCCACUCAGAUUCAAGAUCUAGCCCUCCCGUGUACUUCGUUUUCAAGAACUCCCAGCCUAGUAAAUCUGCAAAAGAUAGCCCAUUUCUUCUCCUUGUUUUUUUCUCAAUCCAGCUGAAGAGAUAAAUGAUUCCUUCCCGACAAAGCGCCGACGUUUUGCUCAUCCUACUUUCGCUUCUCUUGCCGUCGUUUUGUCUGGGUAUCAGGUCAUUUCCGACUCGGGUGGUGGACGCUGUGAAUGGGUUGGGACUGGGGCCCGACGGUCUGUCCCGCUUCGCGGAAGCGCCGGACUACCGUAACGGAGCAGAGUGCCCCGUGUCGAGCAACAGGGAAUACGACUUGUCGUGCGACACAUCUCUCGUCCAUAUCGCGAUGACUUUGGAUUCGAAGUAUCUACGUGGCUCCAUGGCGGCAGUGCACUCGGUUUUGAGACACGCUUCGUGCCCGGAGCAUGUUUUCUUCCACUUCAUCUCGGCCGAGUUCGACCCUGUGAGCCCCCUCGUCCUGAACCAACUCGUCCGAUCAACGUUCCCUUCCCUUAAUUUCAAGGUCUACAUAUUCCGCGAGGACACGGUGAUCAACCUCAUCUCCUCGUCGAUUCGCCAAGCCCUCGAGAAUCCGUUGAAUUACGCCAGGAGCUACCUGGGUGACAUUCUCGAUCGCUGCGUCGAACGGGUCAUUUACCUGGACUCGGACGUGGUCGUGGUCGACGACAUUCGCAAGCUUUGGGACAUCCCACUCUCCGGGUCCCGGGUCAUCGGCGCGCCCGAGUACUGCCACACCAACUUCACCAAGUACUUCACCGACUCUUUCUGGUCCGACCCAGUCCUCUCCCGGGUCUUCGGCUCCAGAAACCCGUGCUAUUUCAACACGGGCGUGAUGGUCAUGGACCUCGUGAGGUGGAGGGAGGGUAAUUACAGGAAGAGAAUCGAGAAUUGGAUGGAGUUGCAGAGGAAGAGGAGGAUCUAUGAUCUGGGUUCUCUCCCACCGUUCUUGCUAGUAUUUGCCGGGAACGUAGAACCCAUUGAUCACAGGUGGAACCAGCACGGCCUCGGCGGUGACAAUGUUAGGGGCAGCUGUAGGUCGUUGCACCCUGGUCCGGUCAGCUUGCUGCACUGGAGUGGGAAAGGGAAGCCCUGGGUUCGACUAGAUGCCAAAAAGCCCUGUACUCUCGAUCAUCUUUGGGAGCCAUACGAUCUUUACAGAGCAGAGGAUCACACCGUGGGUUCUUCAUCUCCGUCGUCGUCGUCUUCGCCGUUACCUGGGUACUGGGGUUAUUUCUUAUGACGAUUCUUUGGUACAUUGUUUGGUUAUUAUUUUUGAUAGAUGUGUACAGAUUGAUGGGCCUGUUUCUUUCUUUUCUUAGUUUUUAUCUUAUUUAUUUCUCGAUUUCAUUCUUGUGUUUACCUUUGAGAUUUCGAUUCCCAUUGUUUGGGUUCCAAAUUCUUUGGAACAGUUUUGGCAUUUCCAUUUCUUUGUAUGUAAAUUGUAGUAGGAAUUUUGGAAGCAUUUUGUGGGUGGGAGGACACGAAACAACAGAGUUGUUCUUUGUUCUUUUCA